GGCGGCAGAAUUCCGAUUUAUGGGUCAUCGUCAAGCGAUCGUAUUGGCAGAAGCGAUGGCGGUUCGACGGUUGUCAGCACCAGGUGUUAGCCACGUGUCUACAGUCGUCCUCUUCAGCAGUGAUAUUAGUGCGAUCAGCCCUCUGCAACACACGGCCAUCUGGACGUCGCUAAGGGAGUGGGGUCAGCAGCUGGCAGCAAAGUGGAAUAAGUGGCUUACGCGCCGCGGCGAUAAUCUUGUCCCCACGGAUGGCAUCGACGUCGGAGGGCUCCGAACGUCUCGGCACGAGCCGGCGGUGGUGCUCCCGGAGCUCCUGACGUGGACGAGGGACAUAGAGCACCGCGCCUGGAUCGCAUACGUGGAGCUGUUGAUCAUCCAAGCUUGGAGGACGGAGGCGGAAGGAGACCUUCUCGGAUUCCUAUUCGGAUCGGUGCGACCCGGCCAUCGACAGCAGAUCGUACAGGAGCUCACGAUUCCCCUCGCUCAGCUGGUCGACGAUCUCCCUCUCGAAAUCGUUUCGCAGAUAAUCGGCCUCGCCUUCUUUCAGCCUCGAACGGCCUCCGAAGACGAAGGGCUAACGCUAGAAGAAGAAGAAGAAGAGGGCGUAGAGGAAGGCGACGAGGAGGAAGAAGAGGAAACUUCGGAAGAAGAGGGGAGUUACAACGAAUACAGCGAGGAAGAGUCGGGAGGUGACGAAGAAGAGGAAGAAGAAGAAGAAGAGGAUCAAAUGGAGGAAGAGGAGGAAUGUGAGUGGGAGACUUUGGGUGAAGAGGCGGAUCGCGCAGAGACUCAAGAGGAGGAUCCCGAGGCGGUGCGAAGGAGAGAGGACGAGACAGCUGCCGGGAAGCAGCCGCUGGAGUUCGUAAGCGGGGUGGAUCUGUCGAUCCCGAACGACCCAGCCAAGGAUCCCGAGCCGCCCAAGAACGACGAUGGGGACCUUGCUGCCGAGACUUCGAGCGCACCGGCCCGACGGCGACGAAGGCGAUCCCCCUCCCCCUCAACCUCCGCCCGUCCACCAGUUCGAGCUCGUACCGAUACGGGGCAUCGGGCUUUGUCCCCGGUCCUUAUCCCAUCGUCCCCUUGACCACCUCACCCUCCGCCAGAUCACUACCCACAUCACCUUCCCCUGCAAUCCCUUCCCAAUCGACAUCUUCCGCUUCUUCUAUGCCACCCGUCU